AUGUCUCUUACAAACUGGAGACAGUUCCCAUUCUUUGAAUGUGUCCCGAUCCAGGACCCGAAUUAUGGCACAGCAAACGCGCUCUACUCUGCUGCAGGCGUCAGUGCCAUUGCCGCGACGCCGGACCUGCUUGUUCUCGCCUCGUCGCAGGCUUCCAUUAAGCUGGUGAACAGACAGUACGAGCCGGUAUUCGAGUUCCAGGCGUACGAUCUCGGCUGGGAUAUAACACGUUUGGUAUUUGUACCGUUUGGAGGAGCCCGACACUCGGGGUUUUUGUGUUCAAUCGCCGAAAAACAGGGUUUUCCAGUGACUCUCAAGCUGUGGGACCUCGCGAAGCUGGAGCAACUCAAAAAGAUAGACUACAACAGCGAUUACCACUCGUUAUGCCAGGUGACGAACGGGACGAACGACUUUCCAUUGACCUGUUUUGAUGCCACAGCAGACUUCACUGUGCUUGUGUUUGGAUUCGCAAACGGAACGGUUAUUGUGGUCAGAGGCGACCUGCUCCACGAUAGGGGAUCUCGACAACGAGUCGUGUACGAGUCACGGGAUCCGAUCACAAGCGUGCACUUCCGUGAUGAAGGUGUGCUGUAUGUUUCGAACGUGUCGACAAUACUGACAAUCCCGACCACAGGCAGAAACCAGGGCCGGCCAGACCGGAUUCUGGACGAGUCCAUGGGUGUUGACAUCAACUGCAGCGCCAUGCUUGAGGACAAGAAACGCAACCUGGUGGUUGCCCGCGACCGGAGUCUACAAUUCUACAAUCUUCGAGGAAAAACACACAAUCUCUUACUAGACAUGCCCAAAAAACGCAUUUUCGCAUACAAAGACAGAUACGUGGUGAUUGAGUCCAGUGUCAGCUCAAACCUGACAUCCGCUUCGUCUAUUGUCACAAAUAAGCUUGUUAUCGUGGAUGUGAUCAACAAGUUCAUUGCGCUGAACCAGACGAUCUCCAGUUCAGUGGUCGAUAUGUUCACUUUGUGGGACGAUCUAUACGUGUUCACAUCUGACGGAUUGCUAUUCCAACUGAAAGAAAAGGACCUCACUGAAAAGCUGAACAUUUUGGUACAGCACGAGCUUUUCAAUUUAGCUAUUUCUCUUGCAGAAAACGAGAAUUAUGAUACACAGAAGCUGCUUGAAAUCCACAAGCAGUACGGAAAUCAUCUUUACGAGAAGGGAGAAUUUGAAGAGGCAAUUAAACAAUACAUGGACAGCAUCGAUCUGGGAAAGACUAGUGAGGUGAUACAGAAGUACAAGGAAAGCUCGAAGAUUCCCUAUUUGGUUGAAUAUCUUGAGAAACUGAUACAGCUUGGGAAGUCAACGAUCGACCACACGACGCUUUUGCUCUGUUGUUACUGCAAACUCAAACGGCCAGAGAAAGUGCUCCAUUACAUUGAAAACGUGCCUAUUAAUGAGGACUUUGAGAUAACAGAACCUUCUAAACAGUUUGACAUGCCGACCGUCAUCAGCACAUGCAGAGAAAGCGGAUACUACGUUUUGGCUGCUAACAUUGCGAAGAAGUUCCACGAUCCAUCGACAGUAGUUGAUAUACAGCUGCACGACAUGAAGAACCCAAGCUUGACAAUGAAAUACAUCCGCACCUUGCCUGUUGACGAUCUCCUCCGCGUUUUGAUCGAUAAGGUGAAGUGGUUUUUAGACAGUCUUCCAAACGAAUGCAAUUUGCUUUUGAUUGAUGUUUUCACUGGAAAAUAUAGCCCAGAGCCAGAGUUUGACCUUGCAGACCUCGCAGUGGUUCCAAAAUCAAACACAAACCACCCUAUCCUGACUUCAUACAAGCAAUUUGUGGCAUUUAUGAAUUUGGCAGAUAACGACGAGCCGCAGGUAACACAACCGACGUAUCUUCCUCCACGGCCGCGAAUCAUCUUCCAGUCGUUUGUGGACCAUCCUAACGAAUUUGUAAUUUUUCUGGAAGCUUGCAUCGAGAGCUACGACAAGUUUGGUGGUGACGAAAAGGACAAGAAGGAUAUUAUGGUGACGCUAUACGAGAUGUACCUCACCAUGUCCAAGAAUGGCGACGAAGAUACCAGAGCAAAAUGGCAAUCAAAGGCGAAGACUUUGCUAGAAAACAUUCAGAAAAGCAAUUGGGACCUUGAGGACCAGACCAAUCUGUUACUACUAUCAAAUCUUGGAGACUACGCAGAGGCGGAAAUUGCUAUCAGAGAGGCCACCGACGACUCGGCUCAAGGGUUUGAGCUCGACAUGUUCAGGUCAACUAUCCUGACAGGUAAUUAUCAAAGGUCGUUGGAAGUCAUUGAGAAAUACGGCGACAAAGAGCCCGAUCUAUACAAGUUGGCACUAUCUGUAUACACAUCAUCUGAGGAGAUAUUCAACCGCGUUGGAGAAGAAAAAGUGGCCGAAUUGAUAUGGAAGAUCGACUCGCUUAAACUGAUGACCCCGUUGGAAGUGGUGAAACUCCUUGGUAUGACCUCGUUUGUUAAGCUCGGGCUUAUUAAAAAUUAUCUCGUCGAGCAGAUCCGUCGGCAAAAGCGUGAUAUAGAGAACAACGAGAAGCUGAUCGACUCGUAUCAAAAGGAGGCGUCUGCAGUCGCAGAACAACUCUCAAAACAGAAUACGGAGCCACAGGUCAUCAAUCGAUCAAAGUGUUCCUCCUGCAACCGGCCGUUAUCCUUCCCAUUGGUGCACUUCAGAUGCUCUCAUUCCUACCAUGAGAGUUGUCUGACAAACGAGUUCUCUCAAUCUUCGUCUAGCGACCAAACCUGUCCAAAAUGCUCUGGAGAGCUGGACACAAUGACCAUUCUUACUAAACAGCACGAGGAGGUUGGAAAACGCAAUGAUCUCUUCAAAGCCAGCUUGUUGGAUAGCACCGACAGGUUCAAGGUGAUGAUGGGAUUUUUCGGUCGCGGGGCAAUGCAGGAAACCAGAACGAUAUGGCAUGAUAAAUAG